AUGCUCGUACGUUCACUGGUGGCACGUUCUGCAUUACAAGUGACACAGAAACGUGGCUUGAUCUUCUCGGCGUUGGCUACGGCGCUUGGCUCCUUGGCUUUCAAUGAGAACAAUCGUCUCGCAUCCAAAAUGGAACGUGGAGAACUUCACUACCACGACGUCAAUGAGGAUAUGAACAGACAGAAAAUCAAACCUGGUGAAAACAAGUACUUCAAGAGAAGGGAACCCGAAUAUCCGGGUCACAUUCCACUUUAUGGCAUAGAGAAGUUGAUGAUGUUCUUGGGUUCCGGAAUUGGAUCGUACUUCCAUCCAGAAAAGAACAUGAAUAUCGUGGCACUUGGAGAAUCGACGGCCAUCACCCCAGUCUUGCGUAGGCUCCAAAAGCAGAUGUUAUCCGACCCGGUUGGACGGCAGAUUUUGCGUGAGCGCCCAAGAAUCACCAGCACCUCAUUGAACUUGGAGCAUUUGAGGUCGCUUCCUAAGAAUUCGGUUGGCCGUACCUACGUAGAAUGGCUCGACCGUGAAGGCGUUUCACCCGACACAAGAGUACCUGUGCGUUACAUUGACAACGAGGAGUUAGCAUACAUUUACCAGAGAUACAGAGAGUGCCACGACUUCUACCAUGCAAUUACUGGGUUGCCCAUCAUUAUUGAGGGUGAGAUUGCUGUUAAGGUGUUGGAGUUUAUGAACAUGGGCAUUAUAAUGCCAGGACUCGGGGCACUUUUGGCACCCUUGCGCUUAAAGCCUUCGCAAAGAGAACGGUUGUACAAUAUCUACUAUCCAUGGGCAUUUAGAAGCGGGCUCAACUCCAAGCCAUUAAUUAACGUCUACUGGGAAAAUAUUCUCGAGCAGGAUGUGGACGCGGUCCGUAAGACGGUGGGGAUCGAGCAGCCUCCAGACUUGAGGAACUUGCGCAAGGAAUAUUUUGCCAAGUUGAAAAAACUCAAGAAGGUGUAG